AUGAUGUCAUCACAACAUUCAAAGACCAUUUGGCUGAAGCAGCUUCUGGUUGUAUUCUUGAAACUCUGCCUCACUUGUGCCAGUUCUUUGCGCCCACUCAACGGGACCGAAUGCACAGCCAGAGGUCCGGCUUCCUAUAUUGUAGUAUUUACCGGUCAUUGGAGCCCACAGGCCUUCCCCAAGCAGUACCCACUGUUUCGGCCCCCUGCCCAGUGGUCCAAACUAAUAGCGGUGAGCCAUAAUCGCCAUUUUCGGCUUUGGGAGGAGGGCGCUGAGGCCAGCGAAGGGGUGCAGAACUUUGCCGAAGUUGGCGUGACGGUGGAACUGAUGAAGUCGGCCAAAGAGGCGAGGAAGAGACGCUCAGUCGGCACCAUGUACCGGACGGCCGGCAUCCCGAACGGAAUCGGGCACAGCUCCACGGAGCUUCUCAUGCUGCCCAGGAACUCACUGCUGUCUCUGAUGGUCAAGAUGAUCCCCAGCCCUGACUGGUUCGUUGGUGUGGACAGCCUAAACCUUUGCGAGGGCAGUCACUGGAAACAGGACGUGACCAUAGACCUGCAACCUUAUGAUGCAGGAACAGAUAGCGGCUUCACAUUCUCCUCCCCAAACUUUCCCACCAGCCCCCGAGAAAACAUCUCAAAGAUCACCUCUCAGAUGCCAAACCACCCUGCCAACUCCUUCUACUAUCCUCGUCUAAAACAACUUCCACCCAUUGCCAGCAUAAAGAUCAUGCGGCAGAGCAGAUCUCUUCACCGCCAAGUGCCAAUGUCCAACCAUAUCCUCCCGAACUCCAUAAGUCCUCAGAGAUUCUCAGUGACGCCACUGGACUGUGAAGUGUCUCUCUGGUCAUCCUGGGGCUUAUGUUUGGGCCCCUGUUCCAAAGGCGGCAUCCGCCAUCGCACACGGUACAUCCUUCUACGGCCGGCCAAUGCUGGCGACCCAUGCCCUGAGCUGGAGGAGCAAGCAGAGUGUGUACCACACAGCUGCAUGAAGCUUCAUUAA